CGCCGGUCGCUCCCGGCUUAUAGUCGCUCGCUGUGCAAUCGCGACUGCAAACUUCACUCGCGACACACGCCUCCACCACAUGUCCACUCCAAUCUGAACCGAGCACUCAGCCACUCGCACGUGACGCGAAGUGACGUGACGACCCGGCACAUGAGACACACGGGAGCGUUUAAAAACUCGUAAAACCGCGGCACGUGCUCUACAGUCGUAAAAUAAUCGUAAAAAGUAAACACAAGUCGGCCGGCCUUUAUCGCCGAUGAAACACAUUAUGACGGUCGGGUGACGUUUAAUAGGCAAUAAAAUUAAUAAAGUUGACACACACUCGUCUAUUCGGAGUGACGUUCGCGUUAUCACGGCACGCGGGGCCGCGAUGACAUAAGUGUUCCCCGAGUGACGUUAGUGUCUGUGAUCAGAAUGAACUCCUAUUUCGAGCAGGGCGGUUUCUACGGCGCCCAUGGGGUGCACCAGGGCGGCGGUGGCGGCGACCAGUACCGCGGGUUUCCUUUAGGCUUGACCUAUGCCCAACCUCAUGCGCUGCAUCAGCCCAGGCCUCAGGAUUCGCCGUACGAUGCAUCGGUGGCAGCUGCUUGUAAAAUUUACGCGGGAGAACAGCAGUACGCUAAGGCUGACUGCUCGAAAGCCGGUGGCGAGCAACAGAACGGUUACGGUGGCAAGGAGGCGUGGGGUUCGAGUCUCGGCGCGCUCGUGAGGCCCGCAGCAUGCACGCCUGAAGCGCGAUACAGUGAGUCGUCGAGUCCGGGACGAGGUCUUCCCUGGGGGAACCAGUGUACACUACCCGGAGCCGCGGCCUCAGCGCAACCUGUCCAACACCAGCCCUCCAACCACACAUUUUAUCCUUGGAUGGCCAUAGCAGGAGCGAACGGUCUGAGAAGACGAGGGAGACAAACAUACACUAGAUAUCAAACGCUAGAGUUAGAGAAAGAGUUCCACACGAAUCACUAUCUCACGCGGAGGAGACGCAUAGAAAUGGCGCAUGCACUCUGUCUCACGGAAAGACAAAUCAAAAUAUGGUUCCAGAAUCGAAGAAUGAAGUUAAAGAAAGAAAUACAAGCGAUAAAGGAAUUAAACGAGCAGGAGAAACAGGCGCAGGCGCAGAAAGCUGCGGCAGCUGCAGCAGCUGCGGCGGCCGCGCAAGGCCACCCCGAGCACUAACUCGCGCAUGCGCGACGCGCAUGCUCUCUCAGUGAUAUACGAUCGCAGUCCGCCGAACAUUCUUUAGCCUUGUGUUUGUAAAUUGUUUGUAAUUAUUUUCGUUAUUUAAGUGUUGUUCGGUUGUUGUGAUUAUUUUUUUUUUUAAUUAAUUGUAAAGAAUUAGACUCAUGUUUUCUAAGAACGAAUGAACAAUAAACUGUUUAAUGUUAGAAUAGAAACGGGUCGUAUUAUUUUGUGUUUCGGGUUUUGUUUUUUUGUUGAUUUAUUGAAUUUUUUUACAUAUUUUAAUUCGCGCUUUCGUCGUAAAUGUUCGCGUUUGAAAACCAGUGCAAUUUUAGAAAAUCUCUUCCGUGUAUCAUAGUGUAGGUGUAUUGUAGAUGGUUUUUCAUGAGGGCUAACGUAGGUGCCCGGCUCGGCGUCGGCGAGGAGGACUUUAUUACGUUGUACAAAUUUGAUAUGCCUACCAAAGAGACCCGGUCUCGUACCCUUAAAGCUAAGUAAACAGUCAUAAGUUAUAAAUCGUUGAUCCGCAAUCCCGUUCAUCGGACUCGCGUCAAACAGAAUAACCGCGCCAUCUUUCCUCGAAUACUCUCGCAUAAGUAUAGUGUAAACGUGGUCGUGUUCCUGCAGUUUUAAUAGUCGGUGAAGUUUAAAAAAUUGCCAUAAAUUUAAGUAGGUAUUAUUUAGGUAGUAUCCUUGUAAAUAGUUAGGGUUACGUCUAUGAUAAUGGAAGUGCGCGGCUUGCAAUUGCGCCGGCGCCGUGGAAUGAGCAGAAAAAGCUUCAAGGGAGUGCGGGCGAAUGCGGGGCGAGUGAGGGGCGAGGGGAGAGGGGAGCGGGCGCCGCCGGCCACCGAACAGGACUAGGUGAGUUUUUGUCAAAGUCCGCGGCAUUAUUUAUCGAGUGGAGACGGUUGCGAAAAACUGACUCGUCGUCACCAGUCGAUGCGCGACGCCAUUUUUG